CUCCCGGGCAGCUCAGGAGCGCACGUGAUUCCGGGAAGAUGGCUGCCCUAACUGCAGAGCAUUUCCUGGCCCUCCAGAGCCUGCUGAAGGCUUCUUCAAAAGAUAUUGUCAGACAGCUAUGUCAAGAAAGCUUUUCCAGUUCAGCCCUUGGCUCAAAAAAACUCUUGGAUAUUACAUGUUCCAGCUUGUCUGUGACCCAGAAGGAGGCAGAGCAACUGCUCCAGGCUCUGCAUCGCCUCACUAGGCUGGUGGCAUUCCGUGACCUUUCCUCUGCUGAGACAAUUCUGGCUCUCUUUCCAGAGAAUUUCCACCAAAAUCUCAAAAACCUGCUAACAAAAAUCAUCCUUGAACACAUAUCCACUUGGAGAGCUGAAGCCCAAGCAAACCAGAUCUCGCUGCCACGCCUGGUUGACCUGGACUGGAGAGUGGAUAUCAAAACCUCCUCAGACAGCAUCAGCCGCAUGGCCGUCCCUACCUGUCUUCUCCAGAUGAAGAUCCAAGAAGAUCCCAGUCUGUGUGGAGACAAACCCUCGGUCUCAGCUGUGACCAUGGAGCUGAGCAAAGAAACGCUGGACACCAUGUUAGAUGGGCUGGGCCGCAUCCGGGACCAGCUUUCUGCCGUGGCCAAUAAAUGAGCUGACCAGCUCCUGACCAGCAAGCAAAGAUGCACGUCCCAGCAUGCGGCAGACAGCAGGCAGGAUGGCAGGUUGGAGGGGCCUGCUGUCAUCCUGAAGGCACAGCGGGAUGGAAGGAAGCAACCAAGCCCCUUGCCAUUCUCUCCAUCCUCUCCUUUUUUCCCUGCAGCUGGCAGGCAGAAGCCUUCAACUCUGAAAGGCCCCUGUGCAUGGCUGAAUUACUGCCAUGGCAGUGUGACGGGGGAGCAUGUUCUUUAUCAGCUGCCUCUGCAUGCUGAUGUGGGAAACUCAGGCUCAAACUGUGGCGCUUACCUAAUGAGUUUACCUCCAGCAUUAACGUUGAUGAGUUCAUUUCCAGCCCUGGAACACAUGGAGGAAAUGGGGAGUGAUACCAACAGCGCCUGCUCCUCCAUCAGAGAAGCCAGGCAGGCAGAUGCCAGAGCAGAACCACCUCAGCAUGAUCCUUUCAGAUCCUCCCCUGAGCCCUGUUGGGCCACAGCUCCGUCGCCCCUGGGUGACGAAAUGGAAGGAAUUGGAAAUAAACAGCAGUUUUAUGACUCUGGUCA